CCAGCCGCCGCGCUGUUGCAGUCCUGGGGUGCCGCGCCCGCGGGCGGGACUAGGAGGUGGAGGAGAGCCGGGGCCGGUGGCCGAGAACCAUGCGCUCCCGGAGCGCCGUGCCGCACUGUGUGACAGUUCUUCAAGUAUUCCCUGGUGCUCUCCUCUGUGAUCUUUGCUGUGCAACUCCUGUUUAAUCCUUUCUACGGCCUGCCAUCGGAACAUGGGGGAAAAUGAAGAUGAGAAGCAGAGCCAGGCUGGCCAGAUUUUUGAGAACUUCGUCCAAGCAUCCACAUGUAAAGGCACCCUGCAGGCCUUCAACAUCCUCAUUCGGCACCUGCAGCUCGACCCCUUAGACCACAGGAACUUCUAUUCCAAGCUGAAGUCUAAGGUGACGACCUGGAAGGCCAAGGCCCUUUGGAACAAAUUAGACAAGCGAGGAACCCACAAAGAGUACAAGCGAGGGAAGUCCUGCAUGAACACUCGGUGUCUGGUGGUUGGAGGAGGACCCUGCGGCUUGCGUACUGCCAUUGAACUUGCCUAUCUGGGAGCCAAAGUGGUCGUGGUGGAGAAGAGAGAUACUUUCUCCAGGAACAACGUGUUGCACCUUUGGCCAUUCACCAUUCAUGACCUGCGGGGCCUCGGUGCCAAAAAGUUCUAUGGGAAGUUCUGCGCAGGCUCCAUCGACCACAUCAGUAUUCGACAGCUUCAGCUCAUCUUGUUUAAGGUGGCCUUGAUGUUGGGAGUGGAAAUCCAUGUGAACGUAGAGUUUGUGAAGGUCCUCGAGCCUCCUGAAGAUCAGGAAAACCAAAAGAUAGGCUGGCGCGCAGAAAUUCUACCUGCAGAUCAUCCACUGUCUGAUUUUGAGUUUGAUGUCAUCAUUGGUGCUGAUGGCCGCAGGAAUACUCUAGAAGGUUUCAGAAGGAAAGAAUUCCGUGGGAAGUUGGCUAUUGCAAUCACUGCCAACUUCAUCAACAGAAACACCACAGCUGAGGCCAAGGUAGAAGAGAUCAGUGGGGUGGCUUUCAUCUUCAAUCAGAAGUUCUUUCAGGAUCUUAAAGAAGAAACAGGGAUUGACCUAGAAAACAUCGUCUACUACAAGGACAGUACUCACUAUUUUGUGAUGACAGUGAAGAAACAGAGCCUUCUGGACAAGGGGGUCAUUGUGAAUGAUUAUGUUGAUACGGAGCUACUGCUUGGCCCAGAGAAUGUAAACCAAGACUGCCUGCUGUCCUAUGCAAGGGAAGCGGCCGACUUUGCUACCAAUUACCAGCUGCCUUCCCUGGACUUUGCCAUGAAUCACUAUGGCCAGCCUGACGUGGCGAUGUUCGACUUUACUUCCAUGUAUGCCUCUGAGAACGCAGCCUUAGUCCGGGAGAGACAAUCCCAUCAGCUCCUCGUAGCCUUGGUGGGAGACAGCUUAUUAGAGCCUUUUUGGCCCAUGGGUACAGGUUGUGCUCGAGGUUUCCUGGCAGCCUUUGAUACAGCAUGGAUGGUGAAGAGUUGGGACCAGGGAAUUCCACCCCUUGAGAUUCUGGCUGAGCGGGAAAGUCUUUACCGACUGUUGCCUCAGACGACUCCGGAAAACAUCAGUAAGAACUUUGAGCAGUAUACCCUCGACCCUGGCACUCGGUACCCAAACCUCAACUCCAACUGUGUCCAGCCCCAUCAGGUAAAGCAUUUAUACAUUACUACGGAGCUGCAUCAUUUGCCUCUUGAGAGAUUGGGCUCCAUAAGAAGAUCAGUCAGUCUCUCCCGGCGGGAAUCCGACAUCCGACCCAACAAGCUUUUAACCUGGUGUCAGAAGCAGACGGAAGGCUACCAACAUGUCAACAUCACGGAUCUGACCACCUCCUGGAGGAGUGGUCUGGCCUUAUGUGCUCUUAUUCAUCGCUUCAGACCAGAACUCAUCAACUUCGACUCUUUGAAUGAAGAAGACGCCAUUGAGAACAACCAGCUGGCAUUUGACAUUGCAGAGCGGGAGUUUGGAAUCCCCCCCAUGACCACCGGCAAAGAGAUGGCUUCUGCCCAGGAGCCAGAUAAGCUCAGUCUGGUCAUGUACCUCUCUAAGUUCUAUGAGCUGUUUCGAGGGACACCCCUUAGGGCUGUUGAUUCUUUGGGUAAAAAUUAUGGAGAAAAUGGUGACCUUAGCUUAGCAAAAUCAUCUCUUUUUAAUAACUAUCUCAACCUAACGUUCCCCAGGAAGAGGACACCACGGGUAGAGAACCACACAGAAGAAAAUGACAUGAAUAAGCGACGACGGAAAGGCAUAGACAAUUUGGAAGAGUCAUCAAGCUUUUCUAGCCGCAGCACUAGCUCAUUUAGAGACUAUGGCAUCGGAAAGGAAGGCACGAAUCAAAAUAAAGUGAAGUCCAUGGCCAAUCAGCUGCUGGCCAAAUUUGAAGAGAAUACUCGGAAUCCUUCUCUUUUGAGACAGGGAUCUUUGAAAAAAGAAUUCCCCCAGAACCUGGGAGGAAGCGACAUCUGCUAUUUCUGUAAGAGGCGUGUGUACGUGAUGGAGCGCCUGAGUGCUGAGGGCCACUUCUUUCACAGGGAAUGCUUCAGAUGUGAGAUCUGCUCUACCACACUUCGCCUGGCUGUCUAUGCCUUUGAUGCAGAUGAAGGUAAAUUUUACUGCAAAGCUCAUUUCAUUCACUGUAGAGCCAACAGUAAGCAAAGGAAAAGACGAGCAGAAUUGAAGAGACAAGAAGAGGAGGAAGCCAAGGAGAAACAGCAGGAAGCAAAGUGGUCAGACCCUUCCCCUGAAAUUCUUGGUCCUACUGUCAACCGUCGAGAAGCCAAUCCGCCAGGUAUCAUGACUUCCUUCUUUAGGAAAGUGCUGUACUGGCCCAUUAGGGUAACAAGGGAUCUGCUUGACAUCCCCAGAAGCCUCUGUAACAGGAUACGUGGGUUUCUGCAUGAGACCGCCCUCCAUUUCAGGGACAAUGCUUACAACUACUGCUAUAUGUAUGAACUCCUGAGCCUUGGGGUGCCUCUCCUCUAUGUGCUUUUUGAGGUCCUGGCGGACAUAUACAGAGAGUCAGAGUCCCCUCUCCAGAGUACGCGUGAUUGGGUACAACGAUACCUCUGGGUCAAACUUAGCUGAAGCUUAUUGUAUGCUCUAUUUUUUCCCCAAUACACUCUCUCCCAAAGUGCCUGUGAUAUUCCAAAGUGUAAAAUUGUAGUAUUUUUGCAGUUUGCUAGUGCUCUGAAUUUCAAACAAACUAUUUUCAAUCAAGUUAGAUACACACGCAGAGAGCCCAUCUGCCUCAGCCUUGUCCAAGGAACAUGGCAGAGGUAGAUGUCCUCAUGGCGCCAAUGUGUGGAACUUACAUGAAGGAUGUGUUUUUACCAUGAUAAUGAGCCAUGUUUCUGGGUUUACAUUUCAAGAUUUAAUAGACAAGACAGAACCUUUUUUCUAAAAGAGUUUUUUAAAAAAAAUGUUUAGGGUUAGGGUGGGUUUGGGGUGGGGGGAAGGAGGGUGUUAUGUUGGGGAACCGGGGAUUUGUCACUUGGGGUGGUUUUUAGCUUUGCUGUAGAUUGUAAGGUUUACCACUUAUGCAGAUGAUGAUGUGAGAUUUUCAAAACAACACCUCAUAAAUGAACAUGCCUCCUCCUGGCUAAUGGCUUCCAAUUUACUUGCCUAGACUAGACAAUUUUUUUUUAAUGCUCCUAAAUCUCGAUCAUUGAAGAAUAAGAAUGUGGACAAGCAGCGCGUAAUUAAAAUAGCGUGCUGCAGGAAGAGCUCAGUGGGGCAAUAGCAAUAAACUGUUCUCUCAGAGUUAGAAAGAUUUACUUUCCUCCUUGUUUUGACUUGAAAUACCAGGCGUUUUUUUACUUCCCAAACCCCAACAUGUCAAUACACAGAAGCACCAAAUGAAUUAAUAUUGCAGGGACUUAUUAUCGGUGCCCAGCCACCCACUAGCAGCACAGUUAGGAAUUAACCAAUUAUAGCAAUACGGAGAGAGGUGUGGAAGGGGCCAUUUUCCUGCAGUUUACACUUGACCCUAUCUGACCACCCCUACUCCUGAGCACAGACUGCUUAGGUACAGUAAAGUCAAGGGGUGGUCAGGUCUCUGGCUCUGAGGGUUAGGACCUCAGCCCAAGGAGCCCAGGCAUCCUCUGGCAUCAUAUCCACUGACACAGAGACCAGUUGGAAUGUGAGUCAUCAGUCUUUGGGGGCAGGUGGGCGGAAAGCAGGGAAGCCUUAACAGCUGGAAAAUAAAUGCCCACCCAGAUUCUGUUACUGAAUGCAGAACCUGUGAUACAUGCUUCCAGAUGGUACAGUGUCAGGGAGUGGGCUCUUAUGCAGGCAAUAUCUGUCCUCACGUGCAAGGAGGAGUUUCAUUUAGAGGCAGCAUGACAUAAUGGAGAGUGGUGGACUUGGAGUUGGAGAGACCUGAGUUCAAAUCCUGCCUCAGAUCUUUACUAGCUACAUGACCCUGCAUGACAAGUCAGCCUGUCCAGGUCUCAAUUUCAUCAUUUAUGAAAUGAAGGAGUUGGAUUUGAUGACAUAGAAGUUUCCUUCCAACUUUAAGGAGAUGAUUAUCUCACCAUAUUUAUUUAGAAAAGGAAUGAUUAUGUCCUCUGGUCUGGAGGAAACCUUAAUACACUGUCUUUAUAGACAAAGUAAGGUGUGGAGUUGAGGUAAUUAUUCAUUAGGGUUCUCGCCCAUAAAUUUACUUGGGAAAAAAAAGCCCUUGGGGCCUUGACUACAUGUUUUAAACCGGCUGUCAACAUUGCCCAAACUAUUUGGAAAGUUACGCAGCCCCUGUGGUCCAUGUUGCCUGUGUAGACACAGUGCCUGGUGCACAGUAGACACUUAGUAAAAACUUGUCGAUUGAUGGAUCGGUGGAGUCAGAAUGGGUCUCUUGAUGCCAAGUGUCCUCCCAGCCUUAUUUUCCCCAGAGUUAAUGAUGCUGCUCUAAGCCCCGUUGGGUUUUCUUUUAACUCUAUAUCAUAAGUUAACCUCUAUUUGGAGACCCAGAAGACUUUUCAAGUUUUAGAAAUUAGAAAGCCCAAUUGGCUUCCUGGAUCUCCUGUAAAGACUUUGAAGAUCCUAUGGGAGAAUGAGGGCCCUGGCAGUCUUGUUGAGUCUGUGGCCAAAUCUUGGCUACCAGGAGCCCAGUGAAGAAGUGGUGCCAUCUAGUUUGCAAGAGGGCUUCCGAGUUGUAGGGAGGACGCUUCACUUGCUGUACAUCUGGGAGCUACCAAAAUCACAGAGCUGUUUGGCUUAGGGAUUUCAACAACUGUUCAUUCUCAAGGUGACAAUGCACACACCUUUCUCGAGGGUACACUGCUCUUCACGACUUUUAUCCACAUUCCAUCUUGGAAAAAUCACUGUGCAGUUGAAGCGUUUCCUAGAUGGCUCAUUUCUAAAGGUUUAUUUUUUUUCCCCCCGAGUCUUAUUUAUAGCAAUAAGAGAGCAAUUCUGAACUGUCAAAUACCGAGCCAAAAGGCGAGAUGGGAAAUAAUGAUGUAGUGGGAAUUGCAAGACCCUGUAAUGUCUGUUCACUCCAAGAAAUGAACCUACUGGUGACAAAGCAAGGAAUGUCCUAGGUAUAUCUGGGGUGGGGUGGGGUACUUUAGAAUUCAGAACCCAGGCAGAAAUAAGUAAAAAAAAAGUAUUGCCAAAAAAUUACUUCGAAAGGGAUAUUGGGGAAGAUUUUUGUUGGCCUCUGACAACUGCCAUGUGCUGGGAUCAAUAAUAUACAACAUUUAUCUAUCAUCUGAGGUUCCAGUUGAGAGCUUGGUAUCUAAUUAUUUAACAUACAUUUAUUAAGCACUUUUUGUAUACUAAGCGUUGUUGCAAGGUACUAGACAUGCAGAGGCAGAAAAUGAGAUGACGCCUGCCCUCCAGAAGCUUCUAUUCAUCAGAAAGGUUCAUAUCUUGAAGAAAUAGUAAAGUUUGACUUGGAAAUUUCGCUCUUCUGAUGAUUUCCAGUGUUUCUAAACUGCUUUUGUUUUCUUCACUCCUGCCUCAACUAAACUCUCUCUUCUUUCUCUCUUUCCAAUGUCUCACUCCUGUCUUCAGUUCUUUACAACAUUCCAGUGUUACCACCUAUCCUUGGCUGACACCUUUCUGCUCAGAGGUGACUGGUCUUCUUGUCAAUUGUGAGCACCCACUAUUAACCCCAAAUACACUUCCAGGGCAGCUUUAUCCCUCCUUCCUUCCCCCAAGAGCGUUGAUCUUAACAGACUAGAGUGCCUCGUCUUGUAAGGAAUGAAUGCUGGGGUGGAGCCGAUUAAUAGCAUGGUACAGGGUGGGAUUCAAGACCAGUUGCUUGUUUUGGAACCAUGCUUCUCUUCCCCAGCCUCUCUGGCACUGCAUGUCAAUGUUUUUGCAUGCUUUCUCCAUCCAGCUAGCCGUGUUCUAAUACCACAACCAACCCACCUUCCUUGAAGGUGCUAACUCUGCCUGUGUGAGACAAGGCCAGUAGUGAGUUCUCUACCAUUGUUCAGAAAGGCCUAGCUUUUUGAGAAGCCUCUAUACAACUGUAAAAACAAGUUUUCCAACUGAAAAGUGGCUUGAAUUAAAAGACUUUUGGUGUCCUUGACCAAAACUGCAGGUGACUUUUCCGUAGUCAUAUUUUAUUUAUAUAUGCCAGCUAAGAAGUACUCUGUAAUUUGAAGCUGUGUUCAGAUAAUUGCAGUCCCAUCUUAGCCAUCUUCCUAAGCCAACGAGGGGCCUUGGGGAUUCCAUGUACUUUCCUCAUGGACACAAGGCUUUGCCAUGAGAGGAGCUUUCCACCAAAGCUCAGAAAGCUCAGUCCAGAGCAACAGACCUCAGAGGUCAAUGGAAUGCUGUCAAGGACACAGUCAGGCCACAUCUGGCAGCAGCUGGGCUAAGAAGCCUAGAAGCUCCUCAAGGUCCUUACAAAAGGCCAUUUCCCUGCCAAUGUAUUUAUCUGUGGCAGCAAAGCAACCAAUGUGAAUGUGCUCUUUUUGAAAUGAAUUGAGCUGUUCUCUUAAAGGCAGAGAGCCAGGCCUUCCUCAGCCCUGCUUUGUAUGAAUACCUGUCCCUGCCUGUCCUUGCUGGGAAAUACACCACUGUUUCUAAAGUCCUUUGAAGACAUGCAUGUUAGCCCUGGCUGGGCGUUUGGCCUCGUCCCGCCUUUUCAGACUGUCAGCUGGUGCUACCUUCCUCUCACUUCUCUUCCAGUGCAGAGUGCUCUUCUUUCUAAAGAAUGCCAACCAAAGAUUCUGUCCUCCUCAUCUGCAACCUUUCUAGCUUCCCAACCCUCCUGUGACACAUUUUGUGACCUUUGGUGACUUUGAGACAUGUUCUGUAAUUAACUGUUCACACAGAACCCUGUACUUUGCACACCCUGAACGUUGUUUAGCUUUAUUUAUGGUAUUUGAUGCUGUAAAUGAAAAUAAAUGUGGUUCUUUGUAAACCUCA